CUCGCCAGGUCGCAAGUAGUAGUUGCUGUGUUGGUGGGGAUCAUCGUUAUCCAAAGUCCCCGCCAAUAGGGUGAUGGAAUUCUGGCCCUGUCCACAACGUGACGUGUGACCGUGAUGUCCUCGGAGGUGUUAGCGCUGGCAGUGAGGCUGCCGAUGGCAGCCGCGGGGAUGGCGAGAGCGACGCUCGGUCGCGCGCCGCGCUGAUGCGUCAGGCGCUUCGGCCCGACCGAGGCAGUUACGGCUCAAGGCUGCGAAGUCUUCUCGAACGGCGUCCCAGCACAGCAAGGAGCCCACGGUAGCUCGGCGGAAAUGGCCCGCUCCUCCUCGCUGCUGAUCUCCUGCGCCGUCGCGGUCGUGGCCGUCGUGUCGGUGGCCUCUCUGGGGCUCAGCUUCGUGGGGACGCCGGCGACGGCGGGCCUGCGGGCCGGCCAGCGCGAGCCCAGCGUGGAGAUGCAGUUCUUCGGCGGGUCGCCGUCGCCGGCACCGUCGCGUCCGUCGUCGGCGGGAGGAGACUGGCGCGCCAAGGCCCGGGCUGACCUCUAUGAGCAGAGCGGAAAUUACGUGGUCUCGUUCUCCAUCGUGUUCCUCUGCUUGUGCGUGCUGAGCGGCAACACUGGGCCCGGGUACUUCGGCAACUUCUUCGACUACAAGCUGUAGGCGGCCUGCGUCGCCGGCGGGCCUGCCGGCCGAGCGCCCGCUGCCGGCGGGGCGCGGGGUGGCAGCAGUCGGAGGCGAGUCUUCGGCGGCUGCAGCAGGGGCGGCCACGAUUCACUGCCGCCGGAGUGUCUUUUGACGUUUUUGUUGCAGCCGUGGGCGGGCUGGGCCGACGUGGCCGCCCGCCCGCCCCAGCUGCGCGCCUUGAGUUUUUCCGAGCUCGGGCGGACGCUCCCCGGGUGCGGCGAGCGUCUCGACGGCCUUCGCGCUCCGCGAGGCCGUGAUUCUGACGAUGCAGCGCCCCACUCGACGUCGCGACGUUGUCCUCCUCCUCCUCCUCCUCCUCCUCCUCC